AGGGUUCAUCGUAGAUCAAGUGUAGCAGCAAUCCCGCAAGGUGUUUACCUUGGUUUAGAGCUUGACUACAACGAAGAAACUCAUAAAGUUGAUUAUGCCAUUUGCGCCCAUGACGGAUCUUAUGCGAUCGACUAUGAGUUUUCAUCGGUCGAUGUAGAUAUCGAGGCUAUUAAGAAUAAUAGAGAUAAUAUAGAAAAGGUGUUGACUGUUAUAAUCGAGCAUAUCGAUUCUUAUGCUAAAGCCCAGAGGUACAAAAUUCAUGCGAUUGGAAUUGGUGCUCAUAUAAUAAGAGAAAAUGGAAAUGGAAGGACGAGUAUAAAGAAGUCCUUAUUCAAACAUCCGAGCUUAGCAUCAAAGCUUUGGUUGGAGUUGGAUGCUAUACCUUUUAUUUUUGGCACCAAAGGGAGUUCUGUAGAUGAACGCGCUAGUUCAGCCGUGAGAAAGACUAUUGCGCGAAUAUCUCCUCAAACUCCUGGUUCGAUUCCUAGUAUUUCCGUUGGCUUCAGACAUGAAGUUGAGGUUGACUUGAACGGCACGAUCAAGUUAGUGGAUUUAGUGCAUUACGAAAAGACCGUUUGUCCUGAAACUUGGAGAAUACUGAAUGAUAUCGCCAGUGAAUUAAGAACCAAAAAGAUUAAAGUUUCAUUCUUUAACGCGACUCCCCAGGGUGGUGGAGAUUAUGCCGUCUAUUGGAUCUGGACAUUCACUGGUAUGUGUCAAAACCAAAACCAGAGAUUUUUGAUAUUACGAAGAGAAAGUUUCAUAAUGUCUUACAGAUUGACCCCAACCGACAAGGAAGAUUUUAUAACUUGGUCCGAAAAUAAUGCUAAGAGAUUUUGGUCCGAAAGAGCCGAAAGAGAUGUUUCAAUUGGAGGUCCAAUUGAGAUGAGUGAUGUCAUUAUAAUCGAUGAUCCUCAGGUUUGCGCGGAUUUAAUCCGUGAAAAUCCUAAUGGGCCACAGGCAGAGACAUGGGACUUCUUAUGGGGCUUCAUUUCCCAAGCUGAUUUAUUUGUGUCCCAUCCGAUACAGAAUUUUGUUCCCGAUAUUGUUCCUAAAGAGAAGGUAGUACUUCUUCCAGCGAGCACGGAUCCAUUAGACGGGUUAAAUAAAGAAUUGAGACCUGAAGACAAACAUUUCUACAAGAUGAUUUAUAACCGAUUAUCAUUUGACCAAUGUGCCGGUUGGACUGAUGAUCGAAUGCCUUCGCUGAUAAUUUGUGGUCCUGGUAGUAUUGAUGAUCCGGAUGGCACACCGAUCUAUGAACAAACGAACGAUUUAUUGCAAAAAUCAGAAUAUAAUGAUAUUACAGAUGAUGUUUCGGUUGUGCGUUUGCCUCCAUGCGAUCAGAUACUUAACGCUUUAUUGCGUGAUGCUCGUGUGGCGUUGCAACUAAGUACCAGGGAAGGAUUUGAGGUUAAGGUCACGGAAGCUCUUGCUAAAGGCAUUCCUGUGGUUGCUUUCAAAGCAGGAGGAAUUCCUUUACAAAUAAAACAUGGAGAAACAGGUUUCUUGGCUGAUGUUAAGGAUACUAAUCAAGUAGCGGAUUAUCUAUUCACAUUAUUCACUGAUGAAGAACUUUACGCAAAAAUGUCAUCCGCUGCACGGUCCACAUUAAAUGAACAAUAUUUUACCGUAUUUCAAACAUUGAAUUGGUUAUAUUUGAUUCGGCAAUUCUCUCGUCAGAAACUUUUAGAAUCAGGUUUGGAAACUGAUGAUUAUACCGAGUUGCAAACGAAAAUUGUUGGAAAUGGGAGAUGGGUGAAAGAGCUCUGGGCUGAAGAAUAUGGGUUCGAAGAGAAGAAUAAG